GAGUUAAUGAUUGCCGGGUGUAAUCAGUGUGAACGUCAGAGAAGACGUGGAGCCGGCCGCAGGUCCGUUCAGUCCGACUUCCGGUACCGACCGACGGCUGAAGAUGAACCCGAGCGGCGGGGCCCGCAGCGGGAAGACGUUCCUGUUCACAUCCGAGUCUGUUGGAGAAGGACACUCGGAUAAAAUGUGUGAUCAGAUAAGUGAUGCCGUACUCGACGCGUCGUUGAGCCAAGACCCUGACUCUAAAGUGGCCUGUGAAUGUGUGACGAAGACGGGGAUGAUUUUACUGAUUGGAGAAGUGACCUCCAAGGCCAUAGUGGAUCUCCAGUCAGUGGUCCGAAACACCGUGAAGAAAAUCGGAUACGAUGACUCUUCUAAAGAACUUCAGUUUAAAGAUUUGAAUUUAAUCUAUGCUUUUGACACGUCUGCACGCGAUCACAUGACUGUUUCUGUCCUUAUGGAGCUCUCAUCCUUCCAGGGUCUGAUGUUUGGCUACGCCACAGAUGAGACCGAGGAGUGUAUGCCUCUAACCAUCCUUCUGGCUCACAAGCUCAACUACAGGAUGAAGGAGCUGUCACUCAACGGAGAGUGUCCAUGGAUACGACCCGACUCCAAGUCACAGGUCACGGUGGAGUAUAAAGACAACAUGGGAGCCAUGGAGCCGCAGCGUGUGCACACGGUGGUCAUCUCAGUGCAACACAGCCCUGACAUUACGCUGGAGGAGAUCAGACACAACCUGAUGGAGAAGGUGGUGAAGCUCAUCAUUCCUGCCAAGUACUUGGAUGACAAGACCAUCUACCAUCUGCUGCCCAGUGGAAAGUUCCUUAAUGGAGGCCCGCAGAGUGAUGCGGGACUCACAGGGCGUAAAAUCAUAGUGGACACCUAUGGAGGAUGGGGCGGACACGGAGGAGGGGCUUUCUCUGGAAAAGACUACUCCAAGGUGGAUCGGUCCGGAGCAUAUGCAGCACGCUGGGUCGCCAAGUCUCUGGUCAAAGCCGGGCUGUGCAGGCGAGCCCUGGUUCAGAUCUCCUAUUCCAUUGGUAUAAGCCGCCCUCUGUCCAUCUCAGUGUUUCACUACGGCACAUCGGACAGGGAUGAAGAUGAGCUCCUGCAGAUAGUACAGAAGAACUUUGACCUGAGGCCUGGAGUCAUUGUGAAAGAGCUGGGUUUGAAGCAGCCAAUUUACCAAGACACUGCCUGCUACGGUCACUUUGGCAGAAAGGAGUUCCCCUGGGAAAAACCAAAACCUCUGGUGUUUGGAGUCAAACACUAAAUCAGUCUAAAAACAACCUAGAAUCCAAUUUGAGUCUCUGGUUCCAUUUAUCUAAAUACAAUGGGGGGAAAUCUUACCUAAUUUUUGCCCUUAAACUGUAAAGACAACGGUCAGUGCCUUUAACAAGCAUGAAUUUUAAUUUUAAUUUUUUAUAAUUAUUAUUAUUACUUACAAAAGCCAAGAUCGAGGUGCUGUUGUAUAAGAAACUGUAGCUGG